UGGCUAACCGACGAGUGCAUUGCAAGAUAUGUGCGGGCGCGCAAGGGCGUUUACGAGGAUACGCGGAGGGCGCUGCGCAAGACCAUCGAGUGGCGCGCACAGACGCGGCCGGACGCACUGCGGCCGGACGUUGUGGAGAUCGAAAACAAGACAGGCAAAAUGUACUUUAACGGAUUCGACAAGUUCUCGCGCCCCGUCAUCUACAUGUACAAUCACCGGCAGAACACAAAGGAGCCCGACAACCAGAUCCGCUGGGUCAUAUACACCCUCGAGAUGGCCAUCCGCAACAUGCCAAAGGGCGUUGAAAAGGUAUCUCUGGCCAUCGACGCGUCGCACUGGGGGUUCUCCAACAGCGUCUCGAUUGGCACGGCAAAGAAAUUCCUGGAUGUCCUCGCCAACCACUACCCGGAGCGCCUUGGCCGCGCAGUCAUCUUCCGCCCGCCAAAGUUCUUCACUGCGUUCUACAGCCUUGUCUCGCCAUUCAUCGACCCAGUAACCAAGGCGAAGGUCGCCUUUGUCAACCCUGAUUCCGCUGACACCAAGCCGCAGGCCGACUCGCACAGCGCAUGGGUUGCCAUCGAGGACUGCUUCGUGCGCGACAAGCUUGAGGUCGACUGCUACGGCGAUUGGCCAUUCAGGUACAGCCACGGCGUUUACUGGAAUGCCAUC